ACAAGAUAGGAAUCGGAAGUGGCUGACUUUUCGCGCAUGCGCAAAGAGAUCAGGCUGCUCAAAGACUUUGGAAGGCGACCACGAUGGCGGACUGAGAAGUUUUCAAUAUUUGUUUGCACAGCAAAUAUAGGAACAAAUAUCUCCAAGGUGUGACUUUUACAAAGCCCGCCAAACGCACGUUGAGUUUGGAGCGGCGGAUUAUUACGUGAAGUGAAGAUUGAAGACUUGCUAGAAGAUGGACGACUACUGCUAUGCUAAGAUGGCGGCGACGUCCGCUAAAAGUAAAAGAGAACAUGAAAGAGAAUCACCAGCGGGGAAAAAGAUGAAAACUGCUGACAAAGAUGAGCGAGUUGAAGUUUCCAACAACGUCAUCCUGCAGACGAUCGUAAGCCGCGAAAAGAGCGUCGAUGAGAAAUUAGCCGACUAUGUUGAAGAAUGUAAACAAAGGACCGCCAUGAUUGUUAGCUUGAAGAAGGCAGUGGAGUUCACAUCAGAGGAGAUGAAAGAAUGCAAAAGUCAAAUGAAGAAAGUGGAAGAGCAAAACAAGCGCUUGUGUAAAGAAAAUAAUGAUGUGAAAGAAGAGAUGUUGGGGAAGAGUAAGAGAUGUGAAGAGAAGACUGGACCACAUGUCUACAUCAACGUGCAGAGGAUUGGAGACGUCCAGCAGUUAAAUGGUCCUUCAGAAGAACUUCCUCCUCGGUCGCAGGGGGGGAGCGCCACUCUGACACAGGAGGAUCCACAGCCCCCCCGCAUUAAAGAGGAAGAGGAGGACCUUUGGAUCACUGAGGAGGAAGAGUGUCUUCUAAAGCAGGAGGAGGCUGAUCUCACCAACUUGCCACUGACGGUUGUCUCUGUGAAGACUGAAGAUGACGAGGAAAAAACACCUACUUUUCCUAGGUUGUGUCCUGCGGACGUCCGGCAGCUCAAAGAACUUCCUCCUCGGCAGCAGGGGGAGGGCUCCACUUUGAAGCAGGAGGAUCCACAGCCCCCCCACAUUAAAGAGGAAGAGGAGGAACUCUGGAUCCCUCAGGAGGUAGAUUGUCUUCCAGGACUGGAAAAGCCUGAUCUCACUGUUGUCACUGUGGAGAUUGAAGGUGAUGAAGAGAAACCACAAGCAGACCACCUCUCAGCUCCACCAUCAGAUAGUGAGUCUGAAGACGAGGAUGAAGGAGCUUGGAGCAGCGAUACAGACUGGGUGUGUUACAUAAAGCCUCACACUGACAACAAACAGCUUAAACGCCCAAAAGAGAAGACGGAUAGAAAAUGUUCAGUUUGUGGUCGGGACUUUACUCGAAAGAGCAAUCUGACUCUACACAUGAGAACGCACACGGGAGAAAAACCUUUCCAAUGUUCGGCUUGCAACAAAAGAUUUUCCCAAAAGGGCAACUUGACGGCGCACAUGAAAACACACACAGGAGAAAAACCGUUCAAAUGUUCAGUUUGUGGUCACAGGUUUGCUCAGAAGGUCACCAUGGUGGAUCACAUGAAAACACACACCAAGGUCAAAUCUUUUUCUUGUUCAGUUUGUAGUAAAAUAUUUAUUUACAAGGGAUACUUCAUGAGACACAUGAAAAUUAGAAUCAACCCACUGCAGCUGAGAGGGAAGUUCUUCUUGAUGACUACUCAGCUGCUGGUUGUCUCCAGGACACAACCAACGAAAGGUCCCAGGUGGUUUCUCUUCAUCAACCUCAGUCUUCACAGAGACGGUCAGUGGCGACUUGCUGAAGCCUGGCACAAACCCCUGGACUACUUCUCAUUAAACCAAACCACUCCCCCCAAUUUCACAUACAUGGAGAAGGCUGGCCCUGAGGGGCGGGGAGGAGGAGUUGCUACAGUUAAUAGAAAGGACAUUAAAACAACCUCCAUCUCCAUUCCUGAUGUUCCCUCAUUUGAACACACUGCCUUCAAACUCUCUGGUCUCACUCCUCUAGUCACCGCCGUCAUUUAUCACCCCCCACCCCCCAAGCCAAACCCCUCCUUUCUUUCCGAUUUUUCAGAUUUUCUGACCCAGCUUUGUGCCAUCUCCCCAUCUGUUCUCCCCCUGGGUGAUUUCAAUUUUCACGACACAAAUAAUAAACCUGCUUCUGAAUUCCUGGAUCUAAUACACUGUCUCAACUUCACACAACAUGUCAACUUCCCCACUCACACCCGUGGUCACACCCUAGAUCUCGUCUGCUCCUCGGGCCUCACAAUAAAUCACCUCUCCAGUCUUAAUAUAAACAUCUCAGACCACCUGGCUAUAAUUAUGGACAUCAACAUCCCCAUCCCCCCUCCCAAAGACUCACGCAAAAUAUCCUUCCGUAAUAUCAAAUCCAUCUCCCCCUCUGCUUUCUCAGCCUCCCUCACCACCAUGAUAUCUGCCUCCGCACCCCCGUUACCUGACAACCCCUCUGACCUGGUGAACUUCUACAAUCACACACUCUCCUCCUGUCUUGACCAGUUAUCUCCCAUCAAAACCAAAAUAGUCACUUUCACACACUCAGUACCCUGCUCUGGCUUAGUCCCCGACACCCUGAAACUGGCCACUGUCACCCCCAUCCUAAAAAAACCUGGAGUCAACCCUGACACCAUGAGCAACUUCUGGCCCAUCUCCAACCUUCCCUUCCUGUCCCCGAGGGCAGAUGCAGCCAAUGCAUGGAAGUCUGGCCACAAUCUUGUUCAUUUGCAGCCAAAAUACACCCCCCUGGUCCAAAGACAGCCUGUUAACACUUGCUCUGUGAGGAGAUGGUCCCCUGAAAUGGAAGAUGCCCUCAGGGACUGCUACAACACCACAGACUGGGACACUGUUCGGUGCUACCCUAAUAACAAAUUCUGGGUAACACAAGAGGUUAAAGCUGUCCUCAACAAGAAGAAAGCUGCCUUCAGGAGUGGAGACAGGGAGGCAAUGAGAGCAGCACAGCGGGAGGUGAAACGACGCGUGAGGGAGGCUAAGGACAGCUACAGGAAGAAGCUGAAGCAGAACAAUAUGAGGGAGGUCUGGGAAGCCCGUGUCCUCUCCACCCCCCACUCCCCAUCGCAGCCACCCCCUCUUUUUCUCCCCUCAACGCACCUCCCCACCACCACCUCUACACAGACAUUAGUCAUCUCUGUGGACCAGGUCAGAGAUCAACUGAGGAAGCUACAGCCUAGGAAAGCAGCAGGCCCAGACAAGGUGUGCCCCCGACUCCUGAAGACCUACAUCCAGAAGCUGAUUGGUCAUCCGGAAGAACUUCACAAUCAUCUGCAGCUGGGGAGCUCCGCUUUGAAGCAGACUCCACAGCCCCCCCGCAUUAAAGAGGAAGAGGAGGAACUCUGGAUCACUCAGGAGGAAGAGUGUCUUCUAAGGCCGGAGGAAACAGAUCUCGCCGAGUUGCCACUGACUGGUGUCUCUGUGAAGACCGAAGACGAUGAAGACAAAACACCUGAAUCUUUUCGUCGGUUGGGUCGUGAAGACGUCCAGCAGGUGAUUGGUCAUCCAGAAGAACUUCCUCCCCAGCCUCAGGGGGGGAGCUCCCCUUUGAAGCAGGAGGAUCCACAUCCCCCCCACAUUAAAAAGGAAGAGGAGGCACUUUGGAUCAGUCAGGGGGUAGAUUGUCUUCUCGGGCUGGCGGAAGCUGAUCUCACCAAGUUGCCGCUGACUGUUGUCACUGUGAAGACCGAAGAUGAUGAUGAUGAUGAUGAAGAAAAAUCCCAAGCAGACAACCUCUUGAGUAGCGAUACGGACUGUGAAGGUGAUAUGAGGACUCACACUGACAACAAACACUCAGAAUGUUCUAAAGAGAAGACCCGUAAAGAAGGUUUGACCUGCUUAGUUUGUGCUAAAAGCUUUUCUCAUAAGGGGAACUUGAAUCAACACAUGAAAACACACACAAUGCAAACAGUAUGCUGUUCAGUUUGUGGGAAAAGCUUCACUCAAAAUAAGUAUUUAUCCAAACACAUGCAAACACACACAGGAGAGAAACUUUUUGAUUGUUCAGUUUGUGCUAAAAGUUUUUCUCUAAAGAGGUAUUUGACUGAACACAUGAAAACACACGCACAGGAUAAAGCUUUUUGUUGCACGGUUUGUGGUAAAAGCUUUUAUUCCAAACUAGGUUUGACUCGACACGCAAUGAAACACACGGGAGAAAAAACAUUUAUUUGUUCAGUUUGUGGUAAGGGUUUCUAUACAAAAUCCAAUCUCGUAAGACAUGAGCGAUCGCACACCGGAGAAAAACCGUUCAGUUGUUCAGUGUGCGGCAAAAACUUUUCUGUUAAGAGCCAUCUCAGUGGUCACAUGAGAACUCACACAGGAGAGAAACCUUUUGGUUGUUCUAUUUGUAGCGAAAGCUUUUUUUACAGACACCGUUUGACUGAACAUGUCAUGAAACACACGGGAGAAAAACCCUUUAGCUGCACAGUUUGUGGGAAAAAAUUCAUCCAGAAGGUAGAUAUAAGAAGACACAUGAGAACGCACACAGGAGAAAGACCUUUUUGCUGCGCAGUUUGUGAUAAAAGAUUUGCUCAGAAGGUAACUAUGAAAACACACAUGAAAACGCACACGGGGGGGAAAAACUAGUUGCCUAAUUUAUGUUAUUUCGAAUGCAACUGCCAAACAUAUGACGCACAGAAGAAAAUCCUUAACACAGCAUUUUAUUACAAACAAGGCAGAUCACAGAGAUCUCAUUACAACGUUUACUUGAUUGCAAAGGUUAUUUGUGUAGGAAAUGACCGUGAGCUCACUUUUGGACACACAGUUUGUGCUAAAAGUGUAGUGUCGCAUAUGGGAAGUCACCUAAAGCAGUGGUCCCCAACCACCGGGCCACGGCCCGGUACCGGUCCGUGGACCGAUUGGUACCGGGCCGCGCAAGAAAUGUAAUUUUUUAAAAAAAUGUUUUUUUGGUUUUUUUAAUUAAAUCAACAUAAAAAAUACAAUAUAUACAUUAUAUAUCAAUAUAAAUCAAUACAGUCUGCAGGGAUACAGUCCGUAAGCACACAUGAUUGUAUUUCUUUAUGGAAAACCCCCCACCCGGUCCGUGGGACAAAUUUUCAAGCUGCUACAAAAAGGUUGGGGACCACUGACCUAAAGUGAUUAUAUGAUACCAGAUUCCACGAUACCAACAUGGAACAACAACAUAGAUGAUGGCGUUUUCCUCCCCUUCCUUUUGCAUUACAUUAACAAACAUGGACUUGUGUUUGUGUUGUGACAAUGUUGUGUAAUAGCACAUUACAUGCACACAUAAUAAUGAUCAUUUAUUGGUCUUGUCUGGUCUUUAACAGAUACGCCUAAUCACAGUAUUCACAUGUUCUUAUUAACAUUACAAAAAUAAGAUAUUUUGCCCCCCAUUAAUGGAAGAAUAGGGAAAGGAAGUGGUUAAGUUUUGACGCGUGCGCAUCUGCGCACUUUGGUGGCGAAAGAUGGCGGACUGAGCGGCAGUUGCUUCCUGUAGAGGUUUUGUCAGGUUCAAACACUGAUCUAUUAAACAAGACAAGAAGCAAGGAAUUAAACAGAGACAGAAUUAAAUUUAGCUCAAUUGAGGAGAAACGCGAAGACACUGUACCCUUGCACAGUGUCGUCCCACGCUCUGACGAAAGAUUGUACGCCUCCUCUUUUAUUUGGACUUUCCCUGAUUACAUGGCAACAGAUGUUUCUAAGGGAGGGGGGUCGUAAACAGCCAUCGCCUUUGGUUACAAAACAGUUCAAAGAAAAGGUGCCUGGAGGGAGGUCAGGCCUUGCCUCCUCUCCGCUUUGUAGAUCUCGGGUCAAGACAAAAUCUUCCUGUGGAUUACAAUACAACAAAGAAACCGACACCUUCAUGUGGCUUCCCAUCCUACACAGUGGAGUUUUACAAGCCUUUUGCUUGGUAGGAUCAAAGACAGCUUUUGUCCUCUCGCAGGGCGAGCUGAACUCAACGCAACACAAAGUUGUGUGAUAACUUAGAUACAAUUACUCUGACAGGUUUAACAAUAAAACAGUUGUAUAGAUUCACAACAAAUAUACACGCAAGGGGCCUAGAUCUUCCUGCAAAAAGCAGAUACGAGCAAAAAAUCUAUGCAAUCUGUAAGAAUCACUUGAUUAGAAUACAGUGUUUUCUUUUCAGUCAGUGUUACUGUUCGAACUGUGUUUAGUGUUACAGUGGCCCAAAAUAUUAAAAACACUCGUGGAAUAAAACCUCUGUCUUGUUUUUAAUGAAUACUUAGGCCUACUACACUACUGCAUUCUAAUGUUGGUCAUUAUGGUGGUACUUGGAGGGCCCAGUUUUUACUGGGGUGGUAGUUGAUGAAAAAACUUUGAGAAGCACUGCAUUACAAUAUUCCAAACAUUAUCAAGGUUGAGC